AGAGGUCCUUCUGAUGUGCAUUAAUAGGACGAUAACUUUGUGGACGACAGCUAGGAGGCAAAACAGAGCGAACGAGUACUGCACAAAGCCGCCCAGCUGAAGCCCCCACAAAACCUCCGUGGUGAACAUUGUUUUAAAAGUGGAGAUAAAACGGACUGCGACACUUAGCAGAAAAGUCCGCUCAUCAACAUUCGUGACGGCAUUCUUCACUUUCGGGUGGGCGGUUCUGAAGAAAAAGGGUAACUUUCACAUCCUCCGCCAGGUGUCAGUAAUGCGCUGUUGAACUAAUAGAUGAAGUAGAAGAAGAGCACGUUCCGUGUUUGGCUCGACUUAACUUCCUUUGUGUGCUGGCUUCGUUGUUGCUUCCUUGGCAGCAGUUUUUUUUAAAGCUUAAUUUGAAAAAAAUAUAUAUCUUCAUAUCACAUAUAGUAUCUAGCCGUACGUAUAUGUGCCGUGUAUGCUAGUUAGCUCACUCGAUAGCAAGAUAGCAAGGCUACAUGUCUGCUCAUCAAAUUAGCAAUUAGCUCAGUUUUCGUUCUUCGCUUAAAUAUCUCGUAGUCUGAAUAUAUUCACUAACAGGCUGUAAUAUAGAGUUUUUUUCAAUACACACUGUUUGUCCUAUUUAUCGCUUGAACGUGUUGAGAGCUGUUUAGCUACGUGCUAGUUAGCUCAUGGUGGCUAACAAUGCUACACGUAUGAGCAGACGCUAAGUAUUCCAGCUUGGACAGAGUUGGCUUUUGCUGUGCAGGUGAACCUCCCGGAUCUGUUACACACUAAAAAGACGCUCCUGAGAAGAGAUGGAGGCUCCUCCUGUCACUGUGAUGCCCAUCACCGGUGGCACUAUCAACAUGAUGGAAUAUCUGUUGCAAGGAAGUGUGUUUGACCAGGCCCUGGAAAGCCUCUUGCAUCGACUGCGAGGCCUGUGCGACAACAUUGAACCAGAAGCCUUUACAGACCACGAACUGGUUUACCUCCUGAAAGGCCAACAAGGCAACCCGUUUAUCCUCCGCGCCCGCCGCUCUCUCGCUCACCCCACAGCUCCUUGGCACCUGCGCUACCUUGGACAGCCAGAAUUGGGAGACAAGAGCCGGCAUGCUCUGGUACGCAACUGUGUGGACGUGGCGGCCUCGCACAGCUUGCCCGAGUUCCUCAACGAGAUGGGCUUCCGCAUGGAUCACGAGUUUGUCGCCAACGGACAUAUAUUCCGUAAAGGUACAAUGAAAGUUGUCGUCAGCAAGCUAUCACGCAUUUUGGUACCGGGAAACACGGACAACACGGAACGCCUGUCGCUGUCGUACUUGGUGGAACUGAGUGUGUUGGCGCCGGCCGGGCAGGACACAGUAUCCGAGGACAUGCGUGGUUUUGCGGAGCAGCUCAAACCUUUGGUACACCUGGAGAAGAUUGACCCCAGCAAACAGAGACAUUGACAGACUCAACGGACAUGCGAGAUCUUUUCACUUUUUUCCCACUUAGUCUAGAUGUUACAUGACAUUAAAUGCACCACCUGACUUAAUUACUUGUUUGGAUGAUUUUGGCACAUUAACCAUUUUUGCUACAUAUAGUUAAAAAAAGUGGUAACUAUUGAUCAUGUUAUACAAUACUAUUUAUCAUAUAAUAUAUAUAAUUUCCUUGUUCCACUCUACUUAGGUGACUUUGGCCCGGUAUAUUAUCACAAUCGCAGAUUAAUCCAUAAUUUCAAUCCCAAGUGAUCACAGCAGCCUGAAGUCAAGGGUCAAAAGUACAGUCGUUACUGUAUAUUCCGGCUAAAGCGUUCAUGCGCAUCUUCAUCCACUAGGGGUCACUGUUGCUCCUCAUUUUGCUUUCCUAAUUGCUUUGCUUGACUCCCCACAGCAGAUCAUCUCUAGGAGCUUUGGUUGCCAUGGAAAUAAUUAGCUGCGAGAUCUGCUCAUCCCCCACCCGACUCUAAUUAGCUUUCUCAAUUGCUUAAUGACACAUAGACCUGUGAAAGGCUUUCUUUCUUCCCCUUCAACAAAAGCAUUGAUUUUUUUUUUUGUAUCCCCCCUCCCUCUCCCGCUCAUUUCUACUGUUAACCCAUUAGAGUCUCUUUCAUGGGAACUUGAGCUUGGGACUAUUACGCAUGAAAGCACCACAGCUGCCUCAGGUUCUUCCCACUUCACGCUGUGCUCCAAAUUGGCCUGUAACGCCAGUGUGUCAACAUUAUGGCCAAUCUACAGCGCCAACCGAAGUAACUAAUGCACAUCCUGUCAGUUGCCAUAAUAAUGCGGGCAAUAGGACAUGAGUGCCGCUAAUAAUAUCCGGCCAGGAAGAUGCAUUUGUGAUGUAAAGGGA